AUGCCGUCGACCGUUCUCCUGACCCUUCCUCCUGAGCUUCUUCUCAAGGUCAUCCAUCUUCUGCCGACGAGUGUCGUUCGACAUCUCCAGUCGACAUGCAAACAUCUCCGCUCUCUCGUCGAAUUCUCCGGCUUUCACACAUACGCCAAGCAGCUUCAUUUGUCCGGCGUGCACGAUGAUUUCCCUCCUGGCUUCUCCUAUCUUGAGCGUCUGAAGGCACUCAAACAGCGCGACGAGAACUGGGCCAGUCUUCGCCCACGCUCAAUCGCCAGGAUGUCCAUACCGUUCCAUGCCUCUGGAAUAUACGAUCUCACAGGUGGUGUAUUUCUGCUCGGCUACAAGGGCGACGCGCCUCACAGUGCCAGCACUCGUGGCUUUUGCUAUACCACGUUGCCAACAAUCGACAGUGAUUCAAGCUCACAUUCACAGACCUGGCCGAAAGUUGAAUUCGGAUCAGAUGUCAUCGAUGUUGGUCUUGCAAUUCCGGAGCACGACCUUAUUGCAGUAGUGACGUGUAAACCAGACCUCGAUGCACCCUUCGAAUCCUCGCUACUUGAGCUCCACCUGCUAUCGGCCUCUUCACCUGGACGACCACACCCCCUCGCAUUCAGGCCUGUCAUCCCUGUCGACACUCGUGAUCUUGUCCACGGCCACUGCAGUGUUCUCAUGGAAAUUGUAGGCGAUUAUCUCGGCCUGCUCAUUACAUACCCAUGGGCAGUCGGAGGCCCUUCCAGUGACGCAUUCUAUCUUGUGCAAUGGAAGCAUGGGAGGUGUCAUACUAUUAUGAAGGACAUGCGAAGUGGGACAUACGCGCACUUUGUCUUCCUCCGAGAAGAUCUCCUUCUCUUCCCAAAGAUGCGCUAUAACGUCCUCGAGAUCUCCAAAAUCAUCGCUCCCACACCCGACUCAAUCCCAUAUCUACAAACCCUCCGGACCCUGCACCUUCCCGACCUUGCGCUCUCUAGCAUCCUUCGUUUCGCGUGUCGAGCGGAGCCCAACCCACCGGCUAUAUCUUCGCGAGCGGAUCCAUCGCCCUCACCUCUGUAUGAGACUCAAACCCGAAUGUUCCGCGACGACCCAUGUUCAUCCAUCAUCAUCUUCCAUCUCCUUCUACACGGCAUGGCGCCCCAACACCUGAACCACCUCAAUUCUUUCGUCUUCAUCGCCCAACGCUCUUCACUCCUCUCCCUCCUCCCCCAGGAAGACCUCUCCCUUCCUUUCCUGCGCGCUGAAUACGUGCCGACGAUGGAAGAAAUACAUAAGAGAAAACUGGGGAUGACGUGGGGAGAAUGGGAUGGGGAAAGGAAGACGAGGUGGUUUAGCACGGCGCAGGAAGGGAUGAUGCCGAUGAGGUGGAUUACGACGACGGCAGGAAUGAGGUGGGUUACUAUGGCCGAGGGAAAGAAACAUGAGGUGGUAGGUGGGGGAACGGUGACUGUUAGGGAUUUCAAUCCGCACUGGGUGGAGAGAGUUCAUGAGAGGAUUGGAGACAGUCUGGAGGUGGUCGAAAGGGAGGGUGGGAGUGAAGAUGAAGCGGAAGGGCUCAAGGGGACUGGUCCUGCAAUGUUAACGAGACGGGUGGUCAAGGAGAAGUCAGUGCUCAACACGAACGGUUUCUUUGCUCAGCCGUUGGUGUCUAGGUUGCCGUUCGUGGAGACAGUGACGGAGGGGAUGGAGAAAUAUGAUGGUGUGUUGAUGGAUGAGCAGCGGAUCAUUGGGGUACAGCUUCGUGAUGACGGCUUCGGAAUCGGGGCGAUGGACGUACACAUCUUGGGCUGAUUCGACAGCUCAUAACAUCGGAUCUUGCUUCGGACAUAUUGCUCUCCUCUAAAUAAACUAUACGAACGUAGUAAAUCCU